AUGGCAAAAGUACAAGGAACCGCCGAAGACCGCUUCAAAGAAGUCGAGAAGUUGUUUCAAUCCAACCUAGAUGAAGGAGCCGAGCUAGGAGCAUCCAUUGCCGUCAACAUCGAUGGCAAAGAUGUCGUUGAUCUCUGGGGCGGCUACGCGAAACCAGACCAUUCACAACCAUGGGAAAAGGAUACCAUUGUGAACGUUUGGUCGACCUCUAAGAAUGUCACUAGUCUCGCUGCCCUUGUCUGCAUCGAUCGCGGCUUACUGGACCCAUACGAGAAGGUCUCGAAGUACUGGCCAGAAUUUGCAGCAAACGGUAAAGAAAACGUUGAGAUUAGACAUCUGUUAAGCCAUGCCAGUGGCGUGAGCGGAUGGGUAGAGCCCGUGACGGGCGCUGACGUUUGCGACGUGGGAAAAUCGACUGCGAUGCUAGCUGCCCAAGCACCUUGGUGGGAGCCUGGCACAGCAUCUGGAUACCACAGCUUGACCAUGGGUCAUCUCAUUGGAGAAGUAGUGCGUCGCGUCAGCGGGAAAUCGCUCAGUCAAUUCAUCAUCGAGGAGUUGGCGACGCCGCUUAACGCUGACUUCCAGCUCGGUGCGAAGGACGAGGAUUUGGGCAGGGUGGCGGAGAUCGUUCCACCACCGCCCAUGGAUCCCGCCACAAUCCCGGACAGUUUCAAAGACCCUACCUCUAUUGCAUUCAAGAGUCUCAUGAACCCUUCCAUGGAUGCGAGUAGGGCUAACACUGAGGUGUGGAGAAAAGGCGAAGUCGGCGCCGCAAACGGGCACACCAACGCCCGUGGCAUUGUACACAUUCUCUCCCCAAUAUCCCUCGGCGGCGGAAACCUCCUCUCGCCCAAGACUAUCGAUCUCAUCUUCAAAGAGCAAUCGAAUGCUCCUGACCUGGUCCUUGGCCAAACUAUUCGCUUUGGCAUUGGCUUUGGGCUUAGUGGUCCCAAUUCAUUGCUGGACUGGCUGCCCGAGGGCAGGGUUUGUGCGUGGGGUGGAUGGGGUGGAAGCAUUGUGAUUAUGGAUUUGGAACGCAAAGUGACGAUUGCGUACAUGAUGAAUAAGAUGGAGACUGCAGUGAUGGGAAGUGAGAGGAGUAGAGCCUAUGUACGGGCUAUUUAUAAGGCGCUGGGCGUCGAGUAG